AUGAAGCUGAUGAAGAUGCGGGGUACUGCAAACUCUUUUCGGAAAAUCUUUGCGGCCAAGCAUUAAUGUGGUUUACCCAGUUAGAGCCAGGGUCAAUCAGCAAUUUUGAAGAGUUGUCAGCUGUUUUCUUGAAACAAUAUUCUAUCCUUAUGGAUAGAAGUGUUUCGAACGCUGACCUUUGGAACCUAUCACAAGGGUCGAAUGAGUCACUUCGAGUUUUCAUCACCAAAUUCAAGGGGGUACUAUCGAAGCUCCCAAGAAUUUCACAAUAGUCAGCUUUAUCUGCCCUACGAAAAGGUUUGAGGCAAGAUUCAAGGUUCAAAGAGGAUCUAAUACUUCAUAAACCGGACACAAUUCAAGACGCACUUUUCCGCGCAAACAAUUGGAUGGAAGUAAAAGAUGAAAAAGAAAAUUUCGCCAAAAGGAAUAAACAAGAAAAACCGGCGGUCACUUUUCCUACCAAGAAGUUUGAGCCCAGGGAAAACAAUUGACCAAGAAGGUUUGGGUCACAGCCUUUCAACAAUAUCGUCAAAAACAAUUCCAAGGAAAAAGAAAGUCGAACACGUGGGUCCGUGACGAAAGUUUAUACUGUGACAUCCAUAAGGUAACCGGGCAUUUGACCAAAGAUUGCAGCAUCCUUAAAAGGCAUCUCGCGGAGCUAUGGGCCAGUGGAGAUCUUUCCAAAUUCAACAUAGAAAAUUUCGUGAAAGAAUACCACGAAGCAAGGGAUAGCACCAAAGAUCAGAACUCCAAGAGACCAAG